AGACAUUUGGCAACACUGUAUAUAAUAUGUCAUCAACCCUAAUCAACCCUACGUACAUCUCACGUGUGAAAAGGUUAUUUUACAAUAUUUAAUAUUGUUAAAGUAUUCAUAUUGUGAUAUAUAAAUUUAAUACAACAAAAUGAAAGUUAAGAAACAACACCGUAAGAAAAAAUAUUUGCACAAGUUAAACAGGAAACGUAUGAAUAAAAAACAGAAGAAUACUGGUGGAAUAGAAUGCAAAAUAGUAAAAGAAGCUUGGAGUGACCGCAAAACCACUCACCGUAAUUUGAGAGAUAUGGGUCUAGUAAGUGACCCAAAUAAAGCUAUUAAGAUACCUAGUUUCAAAGAAGAACAAUUAAAAAGAGCUAAACAAAUGUUGAAUCCAGAAGAAUCUGAAGAAGAAGAGGUGGUAAAACCAGUUCGACCUCCACGGAAAAAAGAGAUUGCAGAAAAACUAGAAAAAGAAGCAAAGGCACCAAGAGAAAGGAGGUUUAUGUUACCAAAAGGACAAGUAGAGUUCAUUACAUACCUGUUAGACAAAUAUGGACAUGAUUACAAAGCUAUGGAGCGUGACAAAAAAAACUACUAUCAAGAGACAUGGAAACAGCUAAGAGCGAAAAUAAAAACAUUCAUGGGCAUACCAAAACAAUAUGGUGAAUACUUGAAGGAAAGAGGAUUGCUCGACAAAGAGGAAGAUGAUGAUGAAUUAAAGAAAGUAGCUAAAGCUAUGGUUAUGGAUGACUGAACUUAGAUAUUAAACUUUGUAUAGGAAUAUAGAAAUAAGUCUUGUACAUAAUGCUGUAAAACUUUAAGAUGUAAUUUUUGAUACAAAACAGUUUGUUUCUCAUAUUGUAUACCAUGUUUGUUUCUCAUAUGAUAAAAUCAUUGUCAUUAAUAACAUUUGUUAAACAAGAUGAAGGGAAUUUAUUUAAACAAUAAAUGGUGUAUUGUAAUUAUCAAGAUAAAGUCUCUCAAUAAAACAUAUUUUAAUGAAUAUAA